AAAGCAAGAGGGGCAAUGAUAUAUUCUUAUACAAGGAAUAUCAAUGGCUUUGCUGCAAUCCUCGAAGAGAAAGAAGCUGCGAGUAUUGCAGAGCAUCCAGAGGUUGUUUCAGUGUUGUUAAACAGAGGAAGAAACUUACACACAACACACUCGUGGGAGUUCAUGUCAAUGGAAUACAAUGGUGUUGUUCCUUCUGAGUCACUCUUUAGAAAAGCCAGAUACGGUGAAGAUGUUAUAAUCGGGAACCUUGACUCUGGUGUAUGGCCAGAAUCUCCGAGCUUUAGAGAUGAGGGGAUAGGUCCCAUUCCAUCAAGGUGGAAAGGAAAAUGUCCGACCACUGACUUCCGUUGCAACAGGAAACUGAUAGGAGCAAGGUACUUCAACAAAGGCUAUUUGGCCUAUGCAGGGCCAGCAGCAACACAAAACCACACGCAUAACACCGUACGAGACUAUGAAGGUCAUGGAUCUCACACAUUGUCAACAUUAGGAGGAAACUAUGUUUCUGGAGCUAAUGUUUUUGGUUUUGGCAAUGGAACUGCCAAAGGUGGUUCUCCAAAAGCCAGAGUUGCUACUUACAAAGUCUGUUGGCCAAAAAUUGAUGACGGUGGAUGUUUUGAUGCUGAUAUCAUGGCAGCCUUUGAUAUGGCUAUUCAUGACGGAGUAGAUGUUCUUUCCCUUUCUCUUGGAUCUGUUGCUGUUGAUUACUUUAAUGAUGGCCUUUCAAUUGCUGCAUUUCAUGCUGUUAAGAAAGGUAUCACUGUAUUGUGUUCAGCUGGAAAUAGUGGACCAACACCUGGAACUGUUACAAAUAUUGCACCUUGGAUAUUAACUGUUGCUGCAAGCACCUUAGAUAGAGAGUUUGCUUCUGGUGUUGAACUCUAUAAUGGACAAAGCUUUAGGGGAUCAAGCCUUUCUGGAGCUUUGCCAGAAAACAAGUUUUACCCACUCAUUACUGCUGCCGAUGCAAAAUUGGCAAAUGCAUCUGUAGAAAAUGCUACCCUAUGCUAUAGAGGAACAAUUGACCCUGAAAAAGCAAGGGGCCGCAUCUUAGUUUGUCUUAGAGGUAUUUUUGCAAGAGUGGUAAAGAGCCUUGUUGCUUUUGAGGCUGGAGCAGUUGGAAUGAUUCUUUGUAAUGACCAAGCUGAUGGCAAUCAGCUCUUUGCCGAUCCUCAUUUCCUUCCAUCAUCGCAAAUCACUUAUGAAGACGGUGUUGCUGUCUUUGCCUACAUCAAUUCAACCAAGAAUCCGCUAGGAUCUAUUAAUCCACCCAUAACAAAGUUGAACACAAAGCCUGCUCCAAAAAUGGCCGCUUUCUCCUCUAGAGGCCCUAACAUAAUCACACCAGAGAUUCUCAAGCCAGAUAUAACUGCACCUGGUGUCAACAUUGUUGCUGCCUACUCAGGAGGGAUUAGCCCUUCAGAGAUGGACUUUGAUAAGCGCAGGAUUCCCUUUAUCACAAUGUCUGGAACAUCCAUGUCAUGUCCUCAUGUGGCUGGAGUUGUUGGCCUUCUCAAGACUCUCCACCCUGACUGGAGUCCAUCAGCUAUUAAAUCAGCAAUUAUGACAACCGCUAGGACAAGGGCCAACAAUGCUAAACCAAUCCUUGAUGAUAAUAAUGUGAAGGCAACACCAUUUGCCUAUGGCUCAGGUCACAUUCGACCAAAUCGUGCCAUGGAUCCUGGCUUGGUCUAUGAGUUGAACAUCAAUGAUUACCUAAACUUUCUUUGUUUCAUUGGUUAUAACCAGACACAGAUUAGCAUGUUCUCUGGCACUCAUUAUCAUUGUAAGGAUAUAAACAUCUUGGAUUUCAACUACCCUACAAUAACAAUACCUCAACUCUAUGGUUCAGUUACUUUGAGUAGGAAGCUGAAAAAUGUUGGUCCACCAGGAACAUACAAAGCAACCUUACGUGUACCAGCAGGAGUUUCCGUAUCUGUGCAGCCAAAUAUCUUGAAAUUUGACAAGAUUGGUGAUGAAAAGAGUUUUAAUUUGACUGUUGAAGUUAAAAGAUCAGGUUUGGCUACUGUCUUUGGAGGCCUAACUUGGUCAGACGGCAAACACUAUGUUAGGAGUCCAAUUGUAGUUGGAGGAGUUAAAGGUUAAAUUAUAAUCUUAUGAUCAGAAAUAGAUAUGAAUUAGGAUGAUAUUUCUUUUG